GCUCAUAACAACUGAUGCGGAGGGUCAUCCUUGUGCGCGCUCCGUCUCUCUGAGGAGCUUCUCCUGUCCACUGGACCCUUUCAGCUGACGCUCGGAAUUCAGCCCACAGGCGACUAUGAAGCGCGUGCGCCUGGUGGAGCCCUUGGUGGCCGUGUACGCCUUCUCCAGCUUCCUGAUCUACCCUCUGGUACAACAAUACGUGUAUCGCAGACUGUGGCAGCAGCUGACAAACACAACAUAUCCCAUCUCUGGAAACGCCUCCCGAUGCCUGUCAAACAACAACAACUCCAGCCACUAUGAGGCAAUGCAGAGACAAGCGUCGCUGUUCUCCCUUUACACCGAGCUCUUCUCCACCAUCCCAUCACUGGUGGUCACGCUGGUGCUGGUGUCCUACAGCGACCGUGGAGGACGCAAGGUCACCAUCGUCCUGCCUCUGAUCGGCACCUUGAUUUACACCCUGAGCUUCCUGGCCGUUUCUUUCUUUGAGCUCAACAUUUACCUCCUGAUUGGCUCCUCGCUGCUGAGCUCUCUGUUCGGGGGCCUGGGUACCUUUCUUGGGGGGUGCUUUGCUUAUGUGGCAGACUUGUGUCAUGACAGCAAGCAGAAAACCAUGCGCAUGGCUGGCCUGGAUAUGAUGAUAGGGAUGUUGUCCGGAGUGGCGGCCAUAUCAACUGGCUACUUCCUGAGAGCCGCAGGCUUCAACUGGCCCUUCGUGGCCUCCGCCCUGUGUCAGUGCUUAAACCUCGCGUACGCAGUGUUCUUCCUGGACGAGACGGUAAACAUUCCCGCUGCUGAGGCAGCUGCUGUCGCUGAGCAGCCCUCGCCCACCAAGCAGGUGCUGUAUGGCAUCUACCUCAUGUUUGCAGGAGCCAACAGCAAAAGCAGAAGCGUCUUGAUCCUCCUCAUUCUCAUUUUUGCCAGUUUUUCCUUUGCUUAUGUGGGUGGGAUCUCCUUAUUGACCCUCUACGAGCUGGACAAACCCCUUUGCUGGACUGAAAUUUUGAUUGGCUACGGCUCAGCGCUGUCCACCACAGUGUUCCUCACCAGUUUUGCUGGAGUGACAGUGCUGACCUACUGUGGGACGCCACAGCUGCUCAUCGUCCUCCUGGGCAUCCUCUCCGUGGUGGCAGGCAUGGUCCUGCUGGCCUUCUCUGACACAACCUUCCUCGUCUUUCUGGCUCGUGCACCAAUGCUACUGUCCAUCAUGCCCUUCCCAGUGCUCCGCUCCAUGACGUCCAAAAUCAUCUCCAAGUCUGAGCAGGGUGCCUUGUUUGCCUGCUUGUCCUUUUUGGAGAGUUUGAUGACCAACGUGUCGGCAGCGGUGUUCAACAGUGUGUAUGCUGCAACCGUUUCCUUCUUCCCUGGAUUCAUCUUCCUGCUGUCGGCAGGACUGUGUGUCGUUCCCUUGCUUCUCCUGGGAGUGGUGAGUGUCAUCGGAGUGGACGUUGCCCAAGAGAACAAAGAACCAGAAUGUCUGUGUGAGGAGGCGGACCCCAGCGCAGACCACAACGACAACAGCCCUCUCCUCAGCCAGCACCCGUGAAACAGCCGCGGGAGCUUCACUUCCACUCGGACGGCCGGGAAGGUCACCAUGCCCACGUCCUGCUCUGUGGUUUUGAACAGGGAAUUGAAGCGAGAGCGUUGGAGAUGCGACGACUGACGGGAGCCACAGGAGACGUCAUGGAGAGCAGCGAUUUGUCCCUUCGGUCCAGCAGUGAAAACCUGUGUGACUUUGAUGAUGUGUGAAAGCCAAAGAUUUGUUUGAUUCUAUCAGAAGACAAUAGUGAAGCCCCGCUCUCUUCAGUCAGUUGUGUGUGCACGGGAGUGUGUAACGUGCGGGGGGCGAACCUCCUAUAGUCAUCCACCGUUCUUCCUUUUGUGUCAGCCAAACAAGAAACAGGCUUUGUCCCCACAGCGGGCUCCUCUCGCGUGUCCGUCCGUGACUUGCUGCCUCGACAGGACGAUCAUCGCGAUGACGGAUUUGUCAUGAUUCUGUCCCACAGAUGCAAGUCUGUCAGCGUCCGCGAGGUGGCGCUCUCGGUGUUUCAAUUCAAGCAAGGGGAGCCGAGUUCUUCCUGAGGACUCGGUUCAAGUCCAGGCGUCUGCCGCGACGUCACGUGGUCACAUUCACGCCGGAUUGUCAAAGAUAUGCUUCGCUCAUGUCAAUCAGCGGCGCCUUGACUCGCCGUUUCUCUGGUCACACGCGAGGUGGCGGCUCUGCCGGCAUCACGUGCUUCCGGUCGCGUCCCGCGUGACCCGGGCCU